GAAGAGGACGACAAGUUCGUCGCUCCUCCAACGUCGCCUGUAGAGAGUUUCAAAUACGCUCCUUUGACUAAAUUUCGGAAAUACUGUCCUUUCAUACCUCCGCUUGACGCCGACUAUAAUAAUCCAUCUCCAUUGCACGACAAUUCCAACGUCGUCGUAUCGAGCCCUGUGGAAUCGCGCGUCUGUACGAGGAAUCCCAUUAGCCGUAAAGAGGUUGCUACGCUCGAUAUCCACGAUUCGUCGACAACCGGGCAUCGCGAGAAAGAGAAAUUAGAAUUCACGGGAGGCUGUUGCGCAACGAAGUUCUACUCGAACGGAUCUACCAUCUGCUACCAAGGCAGCAUCGUUGAUGUGAACGAGGGGAAAGGAUUGAAAGAAGGAUUCUCGUUGAGCAACGUCGUCGACAAAGAGAGCAAGAGACGCUUCGUUCUGCAGCCUGAUUUGCGUACGAUUUCCAGAUUACCGUGCGAAGAAAAUUCCAGCAGCAUGCUGACGGAAGUAGAUAGAAUCGAAUUAGCUAGCCGGAACAGCGAUUCCUUGGACGAGAAGAGACCCGUCGAGCCGAAACUGUGGAAGCAACUGGCGCUACUGGCAAAUCGAUCGUCCGAUAAUUUCUCUUCCGGUGAUUCGACGCUCGAGAACUGCAACCGCGAGGGAUACACUUUCCUCGAGAAAAUGAACGUUCCGUGGUAUUACAAACGUGUCGUGCGUUUGCGCAGCACCGCCAACUUGCUCGAUUUCAGUAACCGUUGGAUAAAGAGUUCGCAGUUCACCAGCCACGUUCACCAGAGUCUCGAUUCAAGUCGAAUCACCGACAAGGGGAGCUCGUAG